UCCCUUCCGCACUCUGGAAGAUCCAAGAUGGCAGCCUCCGGCACGGUGCUUGCUCUCUCUCAAGCCUUGAAGCCCGCUGCCCUUUUGGGUGGACGACUGGGAAAAUCAGCCAGAGUAUGUGGUGCUGUUGUUAGCUGUCACAGAGGGAAUGCGACAUACGCGGGCCGUGUCAUGCCGCCCCCUGCGAAGUACGGCGGCCGCCACACGGUGACCCUCAUCCCAGGAGACGGCAUCGGGCCCGAGCUGCUCAACCAUGUGAGGGAGCUCUUCAGGUUCAGCUGUGUGCCUGUGGACUUUGAGGUGGUGAAUGUGACUGGUGCGGACGAUGACCUCAGCAAUGCCAUCACCGCCAUUCGCCGUAACGGCGUGGCACUCAAAGGGAACAUUGAAACCAACCACACAGCACCAGCAUCCAUCAAGUCCAGGAAUAACAUCCUUCGCACGAGUCUGGACCUCUAUGCCAAUGUGAUGCAUUGCCAGUCCCUCCCAGGGGUGCAGACCCGCCAUAAGGACAUAGACAUCAUCAUCAUCCGAGAGAACACAGAGGGCGAGUACAGCAGCCUGGAGCAUGAGAGUGUGUCAGGAGUGGUGGAGUGUCUGAAGAUCAUCACCAGGCAUCACUCCCUGCGUAUUGCUGACUACGCCUUCAAGAUGGCCCGUGAGAAAGGUCGCCGCAGGGUCACCGCCGUGCACAAGGCCAACAUCAUGAAGCUUGGCGAUGGCCUGUUCCUGCAGUGUUGCAGGGAGGUGGCAUCCGGGUAUCCUGACAUCGCCUUCGAUGCCAUGAUCGUGGACAACACCACUAUGCAGCUGGUGUCCAAGCCGGAGCAGUUUGAUGUGAUGGUGAUGCCUAAUCUCUAUGGUAACGUGGUGAGCAAUGUGUGUGCCGGCCUGGUGGGCGGACCCGGCCUGGUGCCCGGCGCCAACUAUGGCCACAACUAUGCCGUCUUUGAGCCGGCCACGAGGAACACGGGCAAGAGCAUUGCUGGCAGAAACGUCGCCAACCCCACCGCCAUGCUGCUGGCCAGCUGCCUCAUGCUCGACCACCUCAAGCUUCAUGAGUAUGCCAGCAUGAUCCGCGGGGCUGUGCUGCAGACCAUGAACGAGACGCGGUUGCACACUGCAGACAUCGGAGGGCAGGGUACCACCUCUGACGUGGUCCAGUCUAUCAUGAGGAACAUCCAGAGCACUGGGCCCCUGACUGUUGAACGCAUGUAAUCUCUCUCCACUCCACCCCCACGCCCACUCCAGGAACACCACGCAGAUCCGCAUAUUUCAAGAACUCUUUGGUUUGAACUCAAGUGAAUGUCUUUACCACAUGACCACCGAGGUUAUCAGGGUGUGCGUGAGAGAGAGAGAUCUUGGGUGUUCUUCAAUAACAGCAUGCUUCAUUAUCAGUGCUCUCCUCCAUUUUCUUUCUCAAAACACUUUGAAAGCUUUUGUUCUCUGUAGCCAACAAUUCAUCUUCCAUAACAAAAAAAACUACCUUUCAGUUUUCAUAUCACAUUCCAAGGUACACUUCUGUACUGGCCUUUCUCCAUUUCUAGGCCAAUUCCAUGUGUUUCUUAAGUCCUCAUUGGUGGUCCAAUUGCGGUGAGGUUUUCAUUGGCUAGCGGGGGUGACCUGGCAGGUGGGGAAACUCCGGUUCAUCCAUCUCUUCAGGACUCCUCCGCGCAGCUUGGCCUGACGUCUUAACCCUACCUCGCCUUGUACCGCUACUCUUUUCGCCUUCUUUCACCUCCCCAAUCUCACCCCUUCUCACCUCUGCGGUGCUUCAUCUCACCUCCUGUCUCCUUCCAUCCUGUCUUCUUCUUUUUUUACUCCUUUUCUUCCCCUUAUUUCCCCUCUCCUCCUCCUCUCUGCUCUCCUCACCUUGUUUCUUUACCUCCACCUCCUUAUCCCCCUUCUCCUUGCUCUCUUCUCCUCUUGCCUGUUCACCUCGCCUCAUCACCUCCCCUUUCUCCUCCCCAUCUGCUCCUCCCUGCUCCCCUCUCCUCUCCUCUUCUCUUGCCUAUUCACUUCAUGUCUUCUUACUUUGCCAUGAGGAGUCAUGUUUUGAGAGCCAUGUUUUGGAGCUGUCCACCACCUGUAGUUCCAUCUGGCUG